CAUAUUCACAAAUCCAGCGUAUAGUGAACAGCACAAGGAAUGCCUUAGUGGAAGAUUUUGUACCAGAUAACCUUGGAUUUCAACACAUAUCUCAUGGAGACUUUGUUCAAAACCACACUACAAAUAUAGCAAAAUCAUUGUUCCAACCAGGCGAAAACGAGGCUAUUGUUGUUGCUGAUGGCACCUAUGUUUACAUCCAGAAGAGUGCAGACUACAAAUUCCAAAGGAGGUCCUAUUCUAUGCACAAGAACAGACCACUCGUUAAACCAAUGAUGCUUGUAGGAACAGAUGGCUACAUUCUGGAUGUGCUCGGACCUUACCUGGCUGAUGGCUCAAACAACGAUGCCUCCAUUACAAAACACAUGCUUAAGGCAAAUGAGGAAGCUAGCAAGUGGUUCAAACCCGGCGACAUAUUCAUUGUAGACAGGGGGUUUAGGGACGCUGUGAGGUUUUUAGAAGACCGAGGUUUCGAUGUGAAAAUGCCCUUCUAUCUUCAGAAAGGCUGCAAGCAGCACAGCACCGAAGAGGCGAACCUUUCACGUUUAGUCACAAAAGUCAGAUGGGUGGUAGAAAGCGUGAAUGGCAGGAUAAAACAAUGGAAACUGUUUGACAAAGUUGUUCCAAAUACCCUGAUCCCUUCUAUUGGUGACUUUGUGAGAAUCAUCUGUGCUCUUAUCAACAGGUUUAAAGAACCACUUGUGAAAACUGACGCAACAUCAGAAGCACAUUGCAGGGCAAUGCUUGCAAAGUCCAAGGAACCAAAUACAGUGAAAGCAUUUUUGGAAAGCAACAACUUACUAAAUAAGAGAACUGUUUAUCAAAAGCUGGAAGCAGAAGACUUGAUGGACUUCCCUAAACUUUCCAUGGAUGACUUACGAAACAUCACCAUGGGAGUUUAUCAACUUAAACAGGCUCCAAGUUAUACAAAGGAGCACUGUGUUGAAGAUGGACUGUAUGAGUUGCUGGUCUUCUCAGAAAACCCUAAUCUGAUCAAGUUAAAAAUACAGUCUCGACACUGUAACAGCAGAGCACAUUCUUUGUGGAUUGAGUAUGACUCACUCUCUGAUGAUCCCAUCAAAGGUUGGUACUGCACUUGUAAAGUAGGCUCAAGAGUGGUCGGUUGCUGUGCCCACAUUGCAAGUGCAUUGUGGUUUCUAGGAUAUGAACGCUUCCAAGGCAAAUCAUCUGGGGCAGUGACUAUUUCGACAAAGUCUUUGGCUGAUGCAGCUGACAUUCCAACAACAGAUUCCGACACGGAUGAGGAGUAUCCAGAGGAAUAAACUGUAACACUAUAUGUAUUUAAAGUAGAUAUAAUUUGAAGUCGCUUAUCACUUGUUCAUUUUCAUGUUUGUUAAAUUCUGUGAACAAAACCAAAGGUUAUACAUUGAUUAUAUGCUUCGAAUAUGCUUUGCUUUCAAAAGCACCAGUGCAGAAGUAUGAAGCAAAAUAGAAACCGAUAACAGCUUCAGGUGAUGUUCUUGCUAUGUGAUAGACUUUGUUGUACACUUUGAUUAAUAAUCAAUUUUUUAUAUUGUGUACACUAGUAUACCUUUAUAACAAAAAUGUUUUACCAAUGAAAUUAUGUGAUAAGUGUUUCGCUUUCAACAAGUAACAAGUGGAAAAAUAUUGUAACAGAAAAGAAUAUGUUAACAAUUACAGGUAUGCUAUGUGAUAGACUCUGUUGCUAGGGUACUAACUUUGAUCUGUAUCAAAAUGUUUAUAUUAUACAUAUUUCGUAAGAAAAGGUUAGUCCAUGUAAAGUGAUAAUGAUCUGUU